AUGGACGUGAAAACAAAGCGAGAUGUACAAGGUUACAUUGUCGGACAGUACAAGGCCAUUAAGCAGAUGGGCCACGAGCACAUCACCGCGACUGGCACCAAAACUGUCUUUUUUCUUGGUCAAGUACAACAAGAGGAAGAGUUCGACAUAUUAGACGAGAAUAUGAAGACCGACCUGGGCGAGUACAUCAACGAGGAUGAGGAUGCGGAUCGCUCAUGGCGUGGGGUUUGCGAUUUCAUGCAGAAGAUUCCGACCUCCAAAGCUGUGGCGCCGACAGAAUUUGAGGAUGGGAACAUUUUGGAUACUGAGACACCUCAUCAAGCCCGCUUGAUGCGCGCCCAGAGUGCGCCCUCUCUGGCUCGAUGUAUCGCGAAUGCUAGCUUUGACAGCGCCGGAUCAGAGACAGACUCUGACUCAGAAGACGACGACAUGGAUCUUGAACUGAAGAUCGAGAACGCACUCUCGUCAUUUGCUAGAAAGGUCGAGGAAUUAGAGGAUGUAGCAGGAGCGCUGUCAAUCACGCCACCCGGCCGCACAUGUUGUGAUGCCCGCUCAUCUACGCUAUCGCCUCCUAAGGACAUCGACAUACCGUACCCCUGCGGACCAAAGCAUAACUCUCGAAUUCGUCGUCAUAACGGCGACCGUUCACUUGCAUCACUGAUCGCUCACACUGAAGACCGCCGUACGCCUUCGUGCUCGUCACCUUCUGCUUCGCGUUCUUCGUGCCCACUACCUACCGGUACCACCUAUAGCGUCGUCCGCAAGCCCUGCUACGACCCAAUACUUGAGGGUCACAGCCCUUGCGCCACGCAUGAUGAUGGAAGCUGCGGACUUUCAGCGGAUGACGCUCUAGGCAUGCUACAAGAGCGCUUUAGGACUGCACAUUGCGCUGGUCAUGGCACAGGCUUUCAUUGUCGCGAAUGGCUGGAAUACAAGCUUGAGACCGGAUGCAGCAGGGUAUAUGGCCCUUCACUGCUACGAUUUGGGACGGACUGCUACAAAGCUGAAAAGCCCGGGCAGAUCAAGGAUGCGGAUGAUAUCCCGUACCCUAACCAACCCGAAGCCACAGCUCGGAUCCGCACUUCGUCAUCUAAGGACACCCUGAAUACCAACUCAUCCGUCCGAAAUUCAGUGUUCUCAAAAUGCACUUCCACGACAUCCAUUUCAUCUUACCGGACCAGCCGUCCACAGUCUGCACGAACUGAACAUUCUCGGCUUAUGAACGCACUUAGCCCUGACAACGAUACUGGAAAGUGCGGACAUGGCUAUGAAAUCUCUGCGACGACAGAGCGCAGUUCUUCUGUCGCAGGCUUUGUUCCAAAAAGCGAAAACUUUCAAGGUUGUGCAGGUGGCACUGUGUGGGGUGGGAAGGGCGCACUCAGUCCACCUAUUACCACUACCAAAGAAUGGUCUAGUGGGCUGCAGAUGUGGGGGGAUGAAAGCUGGCCCAACGCACCCGAGCGCAAUGGAAACGACUUUGAAGACGCCCAGAACUCUAUCACGAGGAAUGAAUCCGAGAACUGCGACGUAGAAGAGCUCUCACAGCUACGUGCGUCGCUAACGGAAACUACGGACAAUGACAAACCCAUGCGGCCUGAAGUUAUCGCCAACCGCCCGUAUGCGGCUCCUCUUAUAUACGAGGAAGCCGCCGAUUUUAUUGAACAUGUCGCCACUAAUCCGGAUGUUCAUUCCGAAUGCUGGUCAGAACCCUUGGAUGGUUGCGCGAAACCGCGCCGCAAGUGGACUAGCAAGAUGAAGCAUUGCUUCAAGAAAAUAUCCCAAAACACAAAGCAGGCUACCCACAACUAUGUCAAAGCGACGAAACGAUUCUCACGGACUGCUUGGCGCGUGUUGCCAGCUGCGCUGUCGAGCCGACAUCCGUUCCAGAAGAUCGACAGCAUCCUCUAG